AUGGCGAUCGAUUGGGAAAAGCGUUCUAGUACAAAAUUCAGUAUGUUCGCGACAUCAUACAAUGCUAAACUAUCGGAACGCUUCGCUAACGUAACAGUAAUUCUUUAUUCGACAGCUGUAAUUCUCUAUAGCACCAAGAUUCUUGUAAAACAUGUGGAUGACGGCAAUACUUCCAACGCUUCCACACGAUUGCUCAUUUUAGAGAUGGACCUGCCAUUUGACGCUAACAAAAGAUUUGUAUAUGAGUUGGUCAUAAUUGUUCAAUUUCUUCAUUUGGUGUUAUGUGCCGACGCCAUCGGUUUAUUAAAUGCCUUGCUCAUAAAUCUGGUGAGUUCUGCGUAA